UUGCUGAGGUUACAGUAAAAAUUCACGAGAGACUCUUGCUGUCGUGCUCUGCAGCCAGUGAUCCAGAAAACGUUAAAAAGAUCGAUUGGCACCGCUGCUCUACCUAUGAUUGCAAACAUGACUUGCCAAAGUCCCGGAUAGCGCGUGUUCAAAACAUGACAGUGACAGUUCCCGACCAAAACUUGGAAGUUUACACCAACGGCACCUUAGUUAUAAAGAAGGUACUACCUGCAGAUGAUGGAAAAUGGUUUAUCUGUAUUCCCCAGAUGAUGCAUGUAGGGAGAGAAAGGUCUACGAUAAUCCUCCUCCAUAUAGCCAAAGAACCCCCACAAUUAACACGAGAGAGUCCUCCAGAGCCUCAGGUCAUUGAAGGAAACGAUCUUCAUUUGGAUGUUCGAGUGCAAGGGUAUCCUUACCCGUGGGUAACUUGGAGACAUCGUGACCAUCUCCUACAGAAUAAAUCGAAUGUCGAUUCAGAAACAAGGCUUAAGAUUCGCAACAUCACUGUAUUAGAAGGCGGAAGUUACACCUGUUAUGCCAAGAAUCCAUUGGGACACGAUAACUUGACCUUUGACGUUAAUGUUGAAGGUCAGCUGGUAAGGACAACUGCAGUACCAGAUAUACAAACUCCAUCAUCUUCACCAACAUCAGGGGGUUCAACAUUUUCUGGAUUGCUAAUUGCUUUAAUUGUGGUCUUACCUAUUCUGGUGUUCAUAAUAUUGUUAAUUGUAAUUAUCUAUUGCAUUCGCAAGAAAAACUGCUUUAAAUCGGCAAGACGGCAAUUUAAUCAGGCUCUAGCGAAGUUUCCUAUGCAAAGGAGAUGUGCAAAAAAACUAAAUUGUAACUAACUAUUUUACUUCUAUUUUCCAAAUGUUUUGAGAAAAGUGUGAAAUGCCGGGGUUUUUUUUACCCGUCUGUAGUUAGUAAUCUGUUCAUUAGCUCUCGUCAAGAGAUUUUGAACAAUUUGUAUUCUUUGUUCUCGUCUUACAUUAUCCAUUUUCACUAUGGAAAAUACAAAUAAUACGCGAGGUAGGUGCAAAUAUGCAUGGAUAAUUGGGCUUAGUGAACUGCAAUUUCUAUUGAUAAUGAAACUGAGUGUAGUGCAGUUUGGUCUGAAAUCAUCCGUGUGAUUUCAUAAACUCGCAGCGCGAGUUUGAAUGAAAUCACAAGGAUGAUUUCAUAUCAAAAUUGCAAGACACGAAGUUUAAUUAGCAGUUUAUUACAUCUAUUUUGAAAUAGCAAAAUUCAGCAAGGCAAUACAAGGUUAUUUUCAUUCUGUUCAAAUAUUUUAAUACAGUACAUCGAGCCGGUUUAUAAAAAGUCGCAAAGGUGUCAUUUUCUUGCAAUUUGAUUGAUUUCUUUGAACAGACCUUGAAAUUUGAUUGGUCGUCAUGUUUUAAUAAAGCUGGGGAAAAAAUGUCAUUAAGAGCAUAAAAUGAUGCAAUUUGAUAAAAAAUAAAAUACACUGGAGACAGCCAAACAGAUUGCAAGGAUCACGAGUGAUUUGAAAAUGGAUGGGAUAAAGGCUGUAAUUGGGCGAGGAGUUUCAAUUGGACAAGCGCAUAGCGCGAGGCUAAUUAGAAAUCACGAGCACGAUUAACCCUAAUUUGAGCGAGAAACAGAUGAAAUCGAACUGAUAGGACUUGAAAAAUCCAUAAUAGGGGAUGGUAGGAACCACUGAUAGAAUCUCAGUUUAUAAUCUCUUGGAACACAUCAAAUUCGAGCAUAUUAAUGUUGACGCCCGUUACCGUGUUCGAUUAUUUGGACAGUUGGUUAUUUUGUACUCGAAAAAAACUUGUUUGACAAGUUGAGUACGCUACGUUUGAAAGUAUAGCAAAGUAAAAUGGAAAGUGGAUUG